CCCAGCACGCGCACAGCGGGACGGCGCGCCAAUCAAAACCCCGUCCGCUUCACGCCGCUGCUAUUUAGACUUUUUCAUUUCUUCCUGACCGACUGGAGAGGAGGGGAGGCAACUUGUCUUUGGCACCAUGCAAAGUUUCAUCGGAAUCUCGCACAUCUUAUUGGCUCUUCUGCUGCAAGUCGUACCUGCGCAGAUUUCACACCCUCCAGAAGAGGGUCAUUCAAAAGUAAUGGCAUUCCAGGAGGUGUGGGCAAAAAGCAUGUGUCGGCCCAUGGAGCAGCUGGUGGAUGUGGAGCAGGAGUACCCUGGAGAAGUGGAGUACAUCUACAUGCCUGCUUGUGUCCCACUUUGGCGAUGCUCUGGUUGCUGCGGGGAUGAGAACCUGGAGUGCCAGCCUACCCUUGAACGCAACAUCACUCUGCAGGUGAUGAGGAUUCAUCCCAUGCUGUCUAUGCACCAUGUGGAACUCACCUUCGUGGAGCAUCAGAGAUGUGAAUGCAGAGCCCGUCAGAAACUCCUAAAUAAUAAAAGCAGCAGCGAGUCCAUCAAGAACAGACCUCGGAGGAGGAAACACAAGAAGACAGCAAACGGCUGUGGCAAGUGCCAGUUCCCUCAAAACAAGAUAAAUCUUCCCUGAUUCACAUGUCUGCCCAAAACUUUGGAGAGGCAAACAACAACAUCUGUGAAUUAAUCAUAUCUGACUUUUUCUUCUGUCUGUCCAUAUAUUUUUCCUCUUCCAGUGCAUCCAUCAAACAUUAGACUAUCAAUCUUGUCCAUGCCAUUCUUUUCUUUCUGAUUCAUCAUUGGAGCAAACAAUGAUAUCUGCAAACUACUUUGGUGAUAACUGCUGUUUUCUUUAAUGGACCAAAGUCAGUGUCAAUUUUGGUUUAAAAAAUCAAUUUGCUUUUGUGUGAGGUUUUUAAAAUAGACAUCGAAUACAACAGAUUCAGAAAAGAUAAAGAGAUAACUGCUGGAAUGCUGCCAUGGGAGAGGACUAAGGCCAUCCUGAAGUGUGGGCGGGUUAACUGUCAGAUCAAUGGCAACAUUCACAAAGAAGCCAGAGACUGUCUCCAUGACUUCAUCAUCACAAUGAUUUUUACGGACUGACUCUUGCUAUAAUUGUUAUGAAAGCAAUCCCUUGCUGGUAAUCUGUGUGACUUCCUGAAAAGUGUUCUUGUCGGCACUGGAGCGUGGCAAGUCCAUGAAAUAAA